GGGACAUCACUCUGGUAUAAUGACGGCAUAUCGAGACCAAACCACGGAGAAACCAGUAGCCAAACACUUUCUGGCUAUGCAGCAUCACCUUCCUACGCUCAAAUUUAUAGGCAUUGAUCAUGUACCUCCUCUAGUUCGGGGUGGCGACCGAUCCAAAAUGCUUCUACAGAGAGAAGCUUACUGGAUCCACCACUUGGACACGGUCACACCCAAAGGUUUAAAUGAAAAGCAUUUAUUCCAUGUUCUUAUGAUUAUUCGUGUACUCUUAUUUUAUGUCCAUAUACAGUAUAUCUACCCUGUGGUGAUGCCUAUUAUUGCAUUAUUAUAUACAUCUUUACAUUUUUUGUCACCAGCAUAGCUUCAGAUAGUUCCAUUAGUCAGUUAUUUUUUAUUUUUUGUUUUCUCCAUUAAGAUACCUGUAGAUUUCAUGUAUCUUUUUUAUGAUUAUUUUUCAUUACUUCCAGUUAUUUGUAUUCUAUGCCCUUGUUAAUUAUUUGUUGUUGUUCAGAUAUAUUCUGUCCUACUACUUCAGUAUGCACCAGUUCCAUUCUGCAACUACCUUUUAUUUUUUAUUUUUUUUAUUUUUUUGUAGGUAGCAAUCAUACGCUACCCACAUUAUUGUUUAUUACAUAUAUUUUCCACAUUUUUGCAAUAUUUCCAUUUGACUUAGACUAUUAGAUUUGUUGUCUAUUGAUUACUGCUGGUGCUUUAUCCUAUUUUAACACUUGGUAUGUAGAGAGUCCUCAUAUGCUAUCAGCUUGACACUGCAUGUUAGAUACCAUUUAUCUAAGAAUUUCUACUUUUAUUAUUAUUUACUGUAAUUUUUAUUUUUCGCACUUGGCAAUUAUUUUUCAUUGUGCUAUUGUCUUGAUACUACAAGUUAGAUAUUAUUUUUAGACCAUCUAUAUUUAGAGACUUGUCCAGCACCCUUCUAUGAUUAACUUGUAGCUCUCUUUAGCAUUAGAUUGACAAUAAUUUUUUUUUUUUUUGUUUUUUUUGUUUUUUUGUUUUUGUUUAUAUGUAUGGAGAAAUCAUAAGCUACAGUCCCAUUUGUGAGAGCACGUUAGAUCAAUUUAUUGGCUUUGUUUAUUUAAGGAUCUUUUUCAUUAGCUCUGGUCUCUGUAUCUAUUUCUCCGUUGUCAUGUUUUUUGGAUUACUUAAGAUGCAGCUGAUUCUUUAUUCUUCAGGUUUCCUCAGCCUCCUUCGUAGGUUUCUAGGCUAUAUAUUUAGUUUAGAUGUUUUUUCAUUAUAAAAAACCCGUGUGUCACUUGGUGUUUAUGUCAUAUUGUCUAGCAUCAAAUUAUUAUAUUACUAAUUUUGCAUACUAUACACUUUAGUGGAUAUCAUGUAUAAGAUAAUUGUAUAAUUUUGUAUACAGUAUUUUUGUAUAUACUCUGCUCUUUUGCUUUGAUUUUAUUUAUGAUGCCAGGUAUUCGUUUUUCACAGUUUAUUAUAUUUGUUUGUUGUGUGCUCACACGUUUAUCACUCAGGUUUUCACAUGACACUGCACAGCACUUGCUGCUUAUGUACUCGAUUCUCCUGACUUUUGUAUCAUUCACUUUGUAUUAGUAGUUUACACUACCCACUCCUUGCUUCACACUGAUCUACUUGCUCCCGGCAUAGGAUUUUUCUACUUUGUGUAUUGUUGCCUUGGCAACCACUUUUUCCCUGUACGACGCCCUGAUCACGUGACGUUGUGUGCAGCUUCCAUUCACUUCCGGGUUCUAAUGGGCAAACACACUCCUCCUCACUUCACCAUUGGGUAAGUGUUUAUUCACUUAGAUUUGUAUUUUAUAUAUAAACACUUUCUUGUCAUGUAUUAUAUGAUCUUGAAAAAGACCCGGCAGGGUCGAAACGUCGAUUGAUUUUUUUGUACAUCACAGAUGAUUUAUUAAAGCACCAGUUUUCCUAUUAACCAGAAGACCUGUGAGUGCAUUUUGAUUUUUAUUUUUGUUUAUAUAUAUAUAUAUAUAUAUACAUAUACUGCUGUUUACUCAGGGAAUAAGUGUAGGGGAAGUAGCAAACAGAGCUGAGUGACAACAGUAUAGGCAGCUAGUGUCCUAUGAGGGAUCAACGCUAUAUGUAACUAAUAUCUCAAGGUUGCAACAUAAUAUCGUUGUUGCUCUACUGUGUCAGGGGGAACCCUCAGCUAAACAGUGUUCAAUCUCUGUAUAACAGCUACAGGGGGAGGGGGGAGGGAGGGUGUGGUGGAGUGAAGUCCAGAAAAAGACUGUUGGUGCUGAGUAAACAAAAAAGGAAAGAGUAAAAAAUUGUAAUAGUAGUGGUGAGAGUCAGUGAGCUGCUAAGCCUCAAAACUAAUCUGUGCACCUAUGUGCACCUAUGCUACAAUCUGUAGACUAAGUUGGGCCAUCUCUAAUGCACAGUGUGGCCACCACCCCCGGGUGCACAGACCAUCAUGACUAGUCUACGUUUUGGGAAGACGCACGGGUCCACCGUGGCAGUCGAGCACUGUAGACUUUCCUACUUCUUCUUCCCUCUCUUGGUCAAAAUAAGGAGAAAAUAAUGAUACUGCUCAAAGGAUUUCCUGAUGGGGUGCCAUUGUUUGGUAUUUGCAAAUAAAUCUGGUUUCCCUAUGAAGUAAUUUGAGAUUGAAAUUGCCUUUAUGUGAAUUGGGGAUUAAAUUUCUUUAUAGCUUGAAAUCUCAGGUGGUCAGGAUCAGCACUGUGAAAAUUAAUCAAAUGUCUGGCAAUUGGAGUGAGAUUGCCGGAACUGAUAGUAGAGUUGAUGUGUUAGAUGAUACGUCAUCUGAAUUCCUGAUAGGUUUUUCCUAUAUAUUAUUUUUUUUCAGGAGCAGGUGAUUAGGUAUAUGACUUUGGUAGUGCUACAUUUCACAAAGGCUUUAGUGUUAACUAUAAUAUUUGCUUGGUUGGACUUGGUAAAUUAACUAGGUGAGAUGUAUCUACAUGCCUUUCAGUGGCCGCAAUGAUAAGUACUUUUGAUUGGAGUUAACCAGAAAGAGUCUGUAGGUUUUUUCAAGUUGACUAUUGUGGCGGAACCAACCUCGCCACUAUUCACUGGAAAAGCCUGGUUGCCUGCCUGCUGCCUUUAGACUAUGGCCCCUGGGAGAUUGUGAAAGCUUAUGCACGUUUUAUGGGACUGGUGCUGGCCCUUUAAGCACCUUUUUGGGGCAUAUGGAAAAUUGGGACACUGCCCCCUUUAAGACGGUGUCCCCAGACUUGUUUGGGACACUGUCCCUUUAAGACAGUGUCCCCUGUGUCCCCAGACCGGGUUAAAACCCUUUGUUCCCAGCUAUUGCCCACUUGGUUCAGUAAAUGGGGCUUACUGAACCAUGUACCACACAGGCGGACCACCUGUAUUGGGAGUGUGUCGGCAAUUUACCUCCCAGAAGCUGCGGUUAACCGCAGCUUAAUUGACAAUGCUGGGUGGCCUUUGUUCGUUUGCCGAACACAUGGCGGCGGCCAUCUUUGUUCAUUCGCACGAGGUCAGCGGUACGUGUAGCCAAAUUCAUGGAACUAAAAUCGGCUACACAUUUCCGCGAACACAGCUGAGCCCUACCUGCUCCCACAAUGAUUUUACAGCCGCAGAGACCAUUCGGUGAUAGGACUUAGUCGUUUUUGCAGCCUGAAAUAGACUGACCGCACAGCCCAAAUCUAUGGAACUGCUUUGGGCAAGAAAAUGUGCUUGCGGUCGGUCAUAAAGGGACCUCAGCUAACCUUUUAACCCCUGGAUGGAUUUGGAUGAUUUUUGGUUAUGUUUAUAUUUGAAGGUUGCUGAUUCUAAAUAUGUCAUUUUUAUGAAGAUUGGAUGUAUGGUUUUAAAGUUACAGGAUAUGUAUAAAAACUGUAUUUUUCCUGCCUGUGUUAAUUAUGUUAAACCAUUGUGUAACAUAAUUAUUUCACAGGCAGAGGGGGAGGAUUUUGUAU